AUGGCUCCGGCCCCGGUCUCCCGUCGCCUCAAGGCCUCUUCGGGGAACUCGGGCCUCUCGGAUCCCCUCCCCGGAGCUCGUCAGUCCCCCAGCUCGGCUACACACGGGCGUCCACCGUCCCGGCCCGCAGCCGGCAGGCCCGUCACCAGGCAACAGUCACCAGCUCCAAGGGCCUUGGGAGGCCUACCCCGGGUGCGGGUCCUUCCCCGUUCCCUCCUUGCUGGCCUAGAGAGCCCAGAUGGGAGUGUGGCAGGUGAAGGAGAUCGCCCUGUGGGCGGUGCUGGGGCUCGUUUCCCCCGCCCCCCCAAACGCUUCCUGGCUGCCCCUGCUCAGCCUCAGAGCCUUGCCGCGGCCGCCGGCUUACUCCAUAGCCUUCUCCACCCGCGCGGCCUCAAAGGCUGGAGCCGGAGGAGGGAAGGGGGAGGGGAGGGGAGGGACUGGGGAGGAAGAGUACGGGAGGGGGAAGAAGACCGAAAGACCGGCCGGCCAGGGCAUGACGUCACUUCCGUCAGGCUUGGAGGGGCGGGGCCUACGCUCCCUGGGCCCCGCCCACCGGGUGCCAGGUGGGGGCGGUGUUACGAGCUAGGGGAGGAACCCGAGCGCUAGCUGACGGCGGUCCUUUUGACUCCGCGAUUCCGGAGCCUUGGCAGCCGGAGUAGGCUUCCGGGGCCAGGACCGAGCGAGCAGAGUUUCGUUAGCCCUAAAGGUGGCUUCUGCCGGAAAAGGAGGACAGAUCAACUGGCAGAUAAAUCAAUUAGUUUUAUUCAGCUGCUUGCCCUAGAUCUCUUUCAUGAAGGGCUUGCCAUUGGUCAAAAAAGGCAAAAAGAAAAAGAAAAGAGCCUCAUGAAGCCACAGGAUCCCCUAGUCCUUUCAAGCUACUCAGCUAUGGGAUGAUAUUAUUCACUCCCUUCAGACUCAGGUGGAAAUAAAAAAAGAAGCAUCAUUGACGAACAUACAAGAACUGUUUUACUGGCUCUGAUGCUGUUGAUGUAGCAUCAAGUCAUCUUAUGCAAAACAUGUGCUUAAGUAGUAAUGACACCUCUCCUCUUAAAGGAGUUUGUCUUUGCCAAGUUCUAACAAAUCAUCAAGUACUUGAAACAGUAGGAAUGAAGCUACUGAAAAAUGAAAAGGAACUCUAAUUUGAAGAUUAAAACAGUAGUCCCAACAAGUUUCUAGGCAAUAAAUCAUCAUAUAUACAUACAUAUAUAUAUAUAUAUAUAUAUGUAU